AGCCGCUUUAAAUAAUUUUCGCCGUGUGCGGCUGCGGGAUGCUGUUACCGGAGAACCCCGCUCUUAUGCCCACCACCACCACCACCACCGAGAGGGACACCUCAGCAAAGAUGGCGGCUGCAUCAAACCCAGUCCAAAUAGAACCACAGGAUCAACGCUUCUUAGUGCUGUUCGACUUUGAUGAGACCAUCAUCAGCGAAAACAGCGACGACGCUGUGAUUCGGGUUCUGCCGGAUCAGCAGCUCCCCGCCUGGCUGACAAACAGCUUCCGGGAAGGCCACUACAACGAGAACAUGCAGAAGGUUUUGGCCUUCAUGGCGGAGCAGGGUGUGUCCAAGGAAUCCAUCCACUCCGCGGUGGAGAAGAUCCCCCCCACUCCUGGCUUCUUGAAACUCCUGCAGUUUCUGCAGAGCCACAUUCAGGACUUUGAGCUGGUGGUGGUCUCUGACGCCAACACCUACAUUAUCCAAACAUGGCUGAAGCACGCCAAGGUACUCCACCUCUUCACGAAGAUUUUCACAAACCCUGGCAGUUUCAACGCUAAGGGCCAGCUGGUGCUUCUCCCAUUCCACUCGCACUCGUGCUCCUGUUGUCCUGAAAAUAUGUGCAAGCAAGUGAUCCUUCAGGAGUAUUUGACCGACCGGCAAAUGGAGCGAGGUGGCACUACGUUCCAGAGGGUGUUUUACAUCGGAGACGGGGCCAACGACGUGUGCCCUUCUCUGGUUCUGGGGCCUCAGGACAUAGCCUUCACCAGGAGGAACUUCCCCAUGCACAGGCUGCUGGUGGGGAUGCAGCAGUCUGCAAAAUUCAAGGCCAACAUAGUUCCUUGGGUUUGCGGUGAGGAUAUAGUGGACUGUCUGGAAAAAAUAGUCAAGGAGAGAUGAAACCUGUGUGACUGGAUAUUAAAACAAAAAGUAAAAGGGAAGGAGGAAAACAGAAGCAGAAUUGGCAAAAAUCAUGAUUUUAGCCCAUAUUUAAUUGAAACAGUUUGUAAAGACAUAGCUAAACUAUUAUUCUUGGCCUGCAAUCAAAGAUAUGAAGAAUGAAGGGUGACAAAGUAAUUCACAUCCAUUUUAAAGUGGGAUUACGUGUCAUUUUGGUUAUGAAGACUUGAUAUACAGUAGCCCCUCGUUUAUCGCAGGGGGUUCCGUUCUCAGCUCCCCCAAGAUAAGUGAAAAACCGCAAAGUAGGAAUAGUAGUACAAGUAGUAGUUUAUUUUAGUAU